AUGGAGCGUCCAGUCACGCCCCCGGCUGCCUCGGAAAGACCGAGAGCUGCCUCGUCGCAGACCCCAGAAAUGGUCAGACGCAUUGGAGAAAGUCGGCUUCGUGCCAAAGCCAUCCGCGAACAACGAGAAGCUGAACAGAGAGCAGCAGGAACUGCAGUAGCACUACCCAAAUCGGCGGCUGGAUUCAUACCUACAGAGAAUGUUCACGUUUCAAAACUUGCGAAUGGAAAGCGGCCGUACAACGACAUUUCAACUGGCGGCAUUGCUGAAGGCAACAACCGCGAUGGCCGCAACGUGGGGGAUGAGGCGGCCUUGAAACCAGCGCGCAAGUUCACCAAAUUUGUAGACUACAACAUGAGCUCGAUGACAGACACAAAAGGUGGCUUUCUUUCCAUGGAAGACGAUCCCAACAACUAUGCGCUGGGCGUUCAGAAGCCAGGGCAGACAGACGAACAGAGACCAAAGGGAAUGACUAUCCAGGAGUGGGAGAAGCAAAAGACGAUACAAAACUUGAAGAGACUAAAAGCAGGGCCUUUUGAGCCUGGCAUUAGUGUUUUGGAUGACCAAAAGGCGAGAAAAAAGUGCAGAGAGUGCAACAGCUUGGAAAUAGACUUUGUGUGGGAGGAAGUCUUCCAUAUCUGCGUGUGCAACAAUUGCAAGGAUAAAUACCCCGAAAAAUACUCCCUAUUAACAAAGACGGAGUGCAAAGAAGACUAUCUUCUAACAGAUCCUGAGCUGCGAGAUCCUGAGUUGCUUCCUCAUUUGAACAAGCCAAAUCCGCACAAAUCUCACUGGCACGACAUGAUGCUCUUUCUGCGUUUCCAGGUGGAAGAAUACGCCCUUGGUACAAAAUGGGGCUCAGCAGAGGCACUGGACGCGGAAUAUGAAAGACGGGAGACACAGAAGAAGGCGCGCAAAGAGGCCAAGUUCAAGGAGAAACUGCUGGAUUUGAAGCGCAAGACGAGAACAGAAGCAUUCCGACGACAAGCAGGGACGUUGGGCAACAAGAAUGGGGCGCCGAGCAAGUUUGGCGAUGCCGUGGGAGGAGGAGGCCGUCAUGUGCACGAAUGGGGACGGACAGUCGAGAACGAAGAGGGGAUGACAGUCAAGACUUGCGUAACGUGCGGAAUGGAGGUGGAGGAACUAGAAUUCUGA